AUGGAAUCACUACUUGAUGAAACACAAACAAGACCGCUAAAAUUUAAAUAGAGCUCCUCAAUAUAAAUAGAAAUAUUCAAAUAGCAUUUAUCUGAAGGGACUGAGACAUUGACAACUUGCGAGUCCCCAAUUGUUAGAGAAAGUCGAGGAAGUGAAGACUUUGAAGACAGUACAAUAAACCACUUUUCAAUAUAUAAUAAUCUUAACAGAUCUGAGAAGAUAUAGAUGCUAUCUGAGGAAGAGCUACUGUAAAUGGAGAAAAGAAUUUUCCAAUUCCUAGAUCAAAAUAAAAUAAAACCAAUUGAUAUACACGAUGAAUUACGAAUGACAAAUGCCGGCAGGCCCUCAUUUAAAAAUCUAAGCUAAACAGCUAUGAGGAAGACGUCUUCUCUUUUGGAAAGGAGAAAAUUCAAUCUUCAUCAAAAACCAGCUUCAUAAAUAUACGAAUGA